AUCUAAGCAAGCUCGUGUGCAGCAAAGUUGCCGCAUUCGCAGUUGUACGAGAGAGGGGAGCAGCUGGCAAGGCAGCAUGAUCACACAUUCCAGCCAGUCCCUCGUUCUCAAGCCGUCCACUCAGCUAGUGCUAGCAAGAUCCGGGCAAGGAGCUGCCCCCGUGUUCAAUGCCGUGAUCCCGCCCACUGGAAGCGCACCGACUCUCUUGAGGCGUUCGGGGACUCCUGAUCUGACAGCGUCUGCAUUUGCGGGAGUGCAGAUCUCUUUGGCGAAGCCGCCGCCAGGUGUCAGCCCCCGGCAGCAGAGCGGUGCGGUGCCGGUGCGGGCCAGUGCUCAUGAUGGUCUAGCGAUCAUGGACACGGACCCCAAUUUGGCGCCCUUCCGGGAGCACCUGGAGUAUCAAUACCACAAGUACCUGGAGACCAAGAAAGCCAUCACCGCCAAUGAGGGGGGGCUUGACAACUUCUCUCAGGGUUUCAAGCGCUUUGGAUUCAACCGGGAGGACGGCGCCAUCGUAUAUCGAGAGUGGGCCCCAGCCGCCAGUGCGGCCCAGCUGAUUGGGGACUUCAACAACUGGAAUGGGUGGGGCCACCAGAUGCAGAAGAAUGAGUAUGGGGUGUGGACGCUGCGCAUCCCGGACGUGGACGGCAAGCCUGCCAUCCCCCACAAGUCCAGGGUGAAGAUCCGCAUGCAGCGCAGCGGCGACAUGUGGGUGGACCGCAUCCCUGCGUGGAUCAAGUGGGCCACCGUGGAGCCGGGCAAGAUGGGGGCGACAUACGACGGCGUCUACUGGGACCCCCCAGAAAAGUUCGAGUUCAAGCACCCGAAGCCUCCCCGGCCCGCGGCCCCCCGCAUUUACGAGGCCCACGUGGGCAUGAGCUCCGUGGAGCCCAAGGUGGCCUCCUACCGCGAGUUUGCAGAGACAGUCCUCCCGCGGGUGGCCGCACUCGGCUACAACACCAUCCAGCUGAUGGCGGUGAUGGAGCACUCGUACUACGGCAGCUUCGGGUACCACGUGACCAACUUCUUCGCCGUCAGCAGCCGCUCCGGCACGCCCGACGACCUCAAGGUUCUGAUCGAUCGCGCCCACUCUCUCGGGCUUCGCGUGUUGCUCGACGUUGUACAUAGUCACGCCAGCAAUAACGUCAACGACGGCCUGAACGGCUUCGAUUUCAACCAGACAGCCGCGGACUCCUACUUCCACACGGGAGCCAGAGGGUACCACUCUCUUUGGGACAGCCGGUGUUUCAACUACACCAACUGGGAGGUGCAGCGCUUCCUGCUGUCCAACCUGCGGUGGUGGCUGGAAGAGUACCACUUCGACGGCUUCCGCUUCGAUGGCGUCACCUCCAUGCUCUACCUGCACCACGGCAUCAACAUGUCGUUCAGCGGGCGGUACGGCGAGUACUUCGGCCUGGACACGGACGUGGACGCGGUGGUGUACAUGAUGCUCGCCAACGAGCUCGUGCACGCGCUCGACCCGCAGGCCACCACCAUCGCAGAGGAUGUUUCGGGCAUGCCUGCACUGUGCCGGCCGACGGCGGAAGGCGGCGUCGGCUUCGACUACCGCCUGGGCAUGGGCCUCCCCGACAAGUGGAUCGAGAUACUCAAGCAUCGGAAGGACGACGAGUGGAGCAUGGGCGAGCUGGUGCAUGCCCUGACGGACCGCCGCUACACCGAGAAGACCAUCGCGUAUGCCGAGUCGCACGACCAGUGCAUGGUGGGCGACAAAACGAUUGCUUUCUGGCUGAUGGACUCGGCCAUGUACGACGGCAUGUCCGCGCUCUCCGCGCCACCCCCGGCCGUGGAACGGGGCAUUGCGCUGCACAAGAUGAUCCACUUCCUGACGAUGGCGCUGGGCGGCGAGGGCUACCUCAAUUUUAUUGGCAACGAGUUCGGGCAUCCGGAGUGGGUGGACUUCCCGCGGCAGGGCAACAACUGGAGCCACGACAAGUGCCGCCGCCGCUGGGACCUGGCCGACGCAGAUCACCUCCGAUACAAGUUCAUGCAAGCCUUUGACGCCGCCAUGCAAGCCCUGGAUGAGCAGUACCACUUUCUGGCUUCGCCGCACCAGCUGGUCUCCUGCGCCAGCGAGGAGGAAAAGACGAUCGUGUUUGAGCGCGGCGAGCUGGUGUUCGUGUUCAACUUCCACGCGAGCAACAGCUACGACGGCUACAAGGUCGGCUGCGACGUCCCCGGCAAGUACCGCGUCGUCCUCGACACCGACGACCCAGCCUUCGGGGGGCACGGCAGGGUGGACCCGUUGGUGGACCACUUCACAUCUCCCGAAGGCGAGCCCGGCAAGCCGGAGACCAACUUCAACAACCGGCCCAACUCGUUCCUCACCGGCGCGCCUCCACGAACAGCCCAGGUAUAUGCGCGUGUUCCCGAGCCGUAACUUCCUCCUGAGGCUCUGAAGCAAUGAGGGCCAGCCGCACGCGGCUUCAAAGUAGAGGUCGAGGAGUCAAGGACAGAACCGUUCUUACGUUGGAACAACAGCAAGCUCGAGCUGGAGCCGAGUGAUCACUUUGUAGGACUACAGGCUCUACGAGCUGUCAAGAUUGUUUUCGGUAGAUGUCAAAGAGACAAGUAGCGUUUGCCUUUGUCCCCAGCCGCGUGCGUUAAGGUUCCAAUUCGACGACAUCAAGUCUGCAGGAAAUGGGCAGGCUUACUUAUAAUCCGAGAUGACUGUCCUGGGUUUCACGAGGACCAACCCAACUUCUGAGUUGUUUGCAGGCCAUCACAAGACAUUGCCAAUCAAUGCUGGAGACGUGCUGCUCAUGGCAGCUGCCUGGGCUACUU